UAUUUGUUGCAGGUCACAAAGCUAACCAAGUACCUGAUUGAGCAUUGUGAGAUCGUUGGGGAGAAUAUCCCAAAUCUGCUGGACACUGAUGAAGACUCGCUGUGCUCCCAGCACCAUGACUCAGCGUACGACAGCACUGACCUGGAUGGAGAUGCAGAGAGCGGGUCGUCCUCCUCCAGGGAGGGUCGUCCCAUCUCCACCACCUCCUCCUGGCCCGCUGAGGCCGAGUUCAACUCAAAACCACCAUUCAGCCGCCGCUGCUCCGAGCCCAUCAUCCUGCUCUCAGCUGACCUGCAGAGCUACUGCAGCCACUCCAGGAGCCACGACGACUGCUCGCUGGAGAGGACGCACUUUGAGGAGCAGCCACUCAGAAAGCAGAUCUCAGACGACUCCUUCCUGCUCAGAGAACGAGGUGGAGCAAAACAGGUGUUGUCCUUUCCAAAACUGAGCAGCAGCUCCAACAUGGAUCACCUGCCCUACAUGGCAGCGAACUGCUCCUGCUCCUCUCUGGAGAGCGCCGCCUCUAAUCAGUCAGAAGGCUCUGUUUUCACCAGCUCUCCCGUGGGGUCGCCAGCCUGCACCCGGAGAGAAAACAAAACCAUUGAGCAGGACAUUCCAAGGCCGAUUCCAGAUGAGAAAAAACGUUCACAGUCCAUGAGAGUUGUUAAAGUCCUCAUGAGGACCAGGAGCUUAGGAGCCUUCAGCAGGAGCAGCUUGAAGAAGGACUCUCAGAAGGAAAACUCCUUCCCCUGUGAAACUCUGCAGGAGGACUCUCAGAGUGAAGCAGAUCAACCGGCUAAGCCCAAACCUCGCCCUUUGUCCGCCUUUGAAGUGUUCAAGCAGGUGGACAGCAAGAUCCCCUGCAGACCCCCGUCGUACGUGCAGGCGGUGCAGAACGCCGGUCCUCCUCCACGGUACGGAUCGAUGACUGUACACGACGCCAUCGAGCAGGGGAGAAGGUCCCGGCCUUCCUCUGUAAAUUAUGACUUCCCAGGCACCAGCUCAGUCUGUCAGUACAGAGACUCUUUCCCUCAGGAGGCGCAGGACAAGGCUAACGUCCAGCAGCGGCAGCCUUUCCGUCAGAGAGCGAUGUCGGAGUCCGUGUCCGCAGGUCGCCGAGAGGCCGUGUCCCGGAGAUGCAGCCAGCCUGUGUUUGAGGAAUUUUGUUACGCCAAGGAGUCUUAUGUUUGAAUGACUUUACACAGAUUGGAAUUUUAGAUAUAUACAAACAUUUAUCAGUGGGCAUAGCCGAAGAUCUGGUUUUCAAACUUCACUACAGCAACCCUGCAAACUUAUUUUAUUUUUAACUCAUUCAGAGAAAAGCAUUUGUGAUCUUUGCUGAUUUAGAGAACAUAAUAUUGUGAGUACUUUGCUUCAUAAUAGCAGCUACUCCCCUUUUCACUGUUCUUGGGUUGUUGAGACAGAGGAAAUGUGAUUUAAGGCUCUGCCCACUGAGCAGAAUUGCUUGUAUAUGUCCAGAUAUUCCAAUCUUUAUUUUAUCACUGUUUCACUUUAAAUGAAUGUCAUAUGUGCCGCCUCUGUGGUUGCACUUUCUCAGUAGUACCAUUAAGAGUACACCACUUAAAAGAGAUGUAUUAUACGUAUGACAGGUAGUCUAUCACGAUGAAGCUAUGAAAACACAGUUGACCGUGGAUCAAAUAUGCUAUGAGUUUUCAUUUUCUAUGUUGUAGUUGUGAUGUCUACAGUAUUGCUAAUGAUAUUUUUGCUUUUUGUAAAUCCUCUUCUAAUGCAUUGUAUUUUUCUUCCACUACACUAAAGCACUUUUUCUUGUGAUAGACUAUGCUUUGUAUGCUAAAUUGUAAAUAAAAUAAGAUAGAUGUAAUCUUUGUCAAGCGGUUUUCCAGAUGGUUUGAGUUCUAAUGGAAGAAAAUAACGCAAUAAAAGAAAAUAACAAAAGAAAAAA